GAAAACCUAAUUAUAUCUCACUCAUAAAACUCUUUUUUUUUAAAUAAUUAUUUUGUUAAUUUUCUUCCCACGUUUUCCCCUUGUUUUAGAUAACUUUGUCUUUGUUGAAAACUAGGGUUUUCUCUAAAGGUGAGUUGGCGGUUUUUUUGCGUUGAAAUUAAGGUUUUCAGAUAAGAUUUUUACGAUUUUCCUUCAAGGAAGUGUGGGUUUUUGUUGCUUCCCAAAUAUAUAAUCAUAAUCUUUUCUUUUUUGAUCAUAUAGUGAAUGAGUGAGGAAUAUAAGUUCUGAAGCAGGUAUUGAAGGGUGAGUUUGGAUUGCAAAGAUGUCAUCAAAGCACGAAAUACUUGAUAAUCGACCAAUUGAUAAAUGGAAGGUUAUAGAGUUGAAAGAAGAACUCAAGAGACGGAAGUUGACAACUCGAGGCUUAAAAAAGGACUUGGUAAAACGGUUAGAUGAAGCUAUUAGGGCAGAAAGGGAAAACAAUACUGCAAAUGAGGCAGAUAAUGGUUUUAAUUAUGAUGAAGGGGUCGAGAAAGCAAUGCCAAGUAUUGUAGAGAAAGUUGAAGAUGAUGGUGGUAGUGGGUUGAAGUUGAAGGAUGAUGUUAUUGAUUGUGCGACUGCUUCGGGUCAUGGAGUAGUUCAGACUGAAAUAACACUUGCCCACACUCUGGUAACGGAGGUACCAGUGGUUGGACAAAAUUUGCAGAUCUCGAAACUAGAAGAAAAUGUGAAUUCUAACAUCCAAGUGGAGAAUGAUGGUCCGAAGCUUGAGGUGGAGAGGGAUGAUCCCAAGGCUCAGCUGGGGAAUGAGGUUGGCAUGCGUGCCUCUUCUGCUUUGAACAAUCAGGUAUCUGAGAUCAACACUAUUUCUACUGAUUCUGUGUCAGGUAAUGAAAAGAUUGAACUAAAGGAUACCGUAAUUGAUGAUAAUGCGAAACAAAGCCUAGAUGUUUUACCGAUGGAUGAUGAACAACCACUUGAGAACAAGGCAUCUGUUGAUGAGAGAGAUGACAAGAAUGAUACAACUACAAACAUAAGCAGUAAAAAUGACAGUGGAGAGAUGUGGUACUCUGAGAAAUUAAAUUUAGAUAGAAGUUCUGCCGAUGAAUCAAUGGAGGAAGAUUUGCUUGAAACUAAGCAAAUUGAUCCAAAAUGUACUUCUGAUGAAAUAGGAGAAAAUAGUGUGGAAAAUGAGGAGGGAAUGCCUGUUGUUGUACGAGAUGGUUCAUCUACAGACAGAAAGGACGUCUUUGUUGUUCCUGCUGAGAAAAGAAAGUUUUAUGAUGAUGAAGCUAUUGGGAACAUUGAGGCUACGAAAAGACAUAAAUGGAACUCUGAUAAUUUACAAGUUGUAGUGCAGCAAGCCACUAAUCAUACAGUGACCAACAACACUAGUGAAGAUUCACCCGGAGAACGACUUGUUCCACCUUCACAAAAACCUCCGAGCACUUCACUUAGAGUUGAUAAUUUUCUUCGGCCUUUUACCUUGAAAGCGGUGCAACAACUUUUAGGCAAAACUGGGAUAAUUACAAGCUUCUGGAUGGACCACAUUAAGACCCAUUGUUAUGUUACAUAUUUAUCUGUGGAAGAAGCAAUAGAGACACGAAAUGCCAUUUAUAACCUGCAAUGGCCACCUAAUGGGGGUCGUCUGUUGGUGGCUGAAUUUGUUGAUCCUCAUGAAGUUGAAAAUCGGGUGGAAAGUCCACCACCAACUACAACUGUCACCGACAACUGUGGUUGUACUGCUCAUCAACAACAGGUUUCUGAACAGCAGCCUCUUUCACCACCUCCUCCAGAGGAACCGGAUUCUCCUAUGCUAACCCUUGAUGACCUAUUUCGAAAAACCAAAGCAACUCCUAAGAUCUAUUAUUUGCCUCUGUCAGAAGAACAAGUUGCUGCAAAGCAAGCUACACAUUACAGACACACCAAACACUGGUGAUCGAUCGCCCUAUAGUUUAUCCCCGCCAGCUUUUCCGUUCGUAUGUUAAGAUAAUGAUAAGAAUGUGCUACAUAAUUGCAUAUCUCUAGUUGAUAAUGUUGUAGUAUAAUGUUUGUAUUAUAUAUCUAACAAUGUCAAAGUGUUUGUAUUAUAAUGCCUCAUGUCACAUUGGGAAGAGGUUACAAACUUAAAUACAAUAUUAUUGAGAGAGAUAA